CUGCCAAGGAUAUGAUUGCAGGUACGGUCCUCCCCUCUCUUUUAACGGGAUAGUUUACAGUUCAGUUUGCAGCAGCUUGCUUGCUGGAACAUGAUGAACGACAACAGCAGCAGGGAAAGUGGAGCCGAGGCCACCCAUCCUGAUGCUCAGUCCGGUGGACCACCCCUCCUGAACAUGAACCACUAUGCCAAUAAGAAGAGCGCAGCUGAGAGCAUGCUGGAUUUGGCUCUGCUGAUGGCCAACGCCUCCCAGCUGAAAGCCGUGAUGGAGCAGGGGGCAAAAAGUUCCUUUUACAUCCCCGUCGUCGUCCUAAUUGCCAUCUCUCUUUGUCUGCAAGUCACGGUUGGGAUCCUGUUAAUCUUCACAGUACGAUGGAACCUCGACGAUGAGCAAAAACACUGGAGGCUCAACUUAAUGGAGAACCUGGCCACGGGCCUGGUUUUUAUCAUCGUGGUUGUAAACAUCUUUAUCACUGCCCUGGGAGUCCAUCAACCAAACCACAGCAGCUGACCAAGAACACAUAAGUACUGCAGCAGCUCACGUAGCCGCUCUGUAGUGGGGACUCUCAGGCUUCUGAACUGCAGAGAGACAGACAAAUGUACAAUCAGAGGAAAGAUCUGUGACCUCGUUGAGGUGGCAGAACUUUUGCACUGUUGAUAAUGUAUUUCUUUUGAGGAAAAAAUAAACAUGUCUGCUACUUCUA